AUGGUGCAAGCACUAUGGCAGCCCAAGGUUGAGAAAUGCCAAAAGAUUCUGCAGGACUCACUUAACCCUGCCUGGCUCCUGCCAGCAGAGCAGCUGCCGCCGGCUGAUCAGCUGAACGUCGCUUCUUUCGCAGACAGCUGCAAGCUGUUGACGCCAAGAGAACUGGAGAUCACCCAGACCAAUGCCACCGACCUGGUCGCGCAAAUGGCAGCUGGGAAGUUGUCGGCGGUCGAAACGGCGACUGCAUUCUUGAAACGUGCACAUGUCGGCCACCAGUUGUUGAACUUUGCAGUCGAGUUCUUAGUCGACGACGCGAUGGCACGUGCAGCUGAGCUUGAUGCUCAUUUCAAGUCCACAGGGAAAGUUGUUGGACCUCUCCACGGAGUUCCUAUCUCGGUAAAGGAGCAUGUUGCCCUGAAGGGUCGAAUCUGUCAUUCCUGUUAUGUUGCCUGGAUUGAUAAUGUUGCGGAGGAAGAUGCACUACUCGUCACUUUGUUGAAAAAUGCAGGCGCGAUCAUCCACGUCAGGACGAACGAGCCACAGAGCCUGAUGCAUAUCGACUGCGACAACGUCAUCUAUGGACCAACAGUCAAUCCGCACAAUCGCAAGCUUACCUCUGGGGGCUCGAGUGGAGGCGAAGGGGCAUCACUAGGCUUCCGUUGUGCGGCCAUCGGUAUCGGCACCGAUAUUGGAGGCUCUGUCAGAGUGCCAGCAGCGUUCUGUGGCGCAUAUGGCCUUCGUACGACCGCACUCCGCAACCCUUACAAGGGCGUACUGUUGGCCGGCGAUGGACAAGAAAGCAUUCGCUGCAUUAUUGGACCAUUGGCCAACAGUGUGGGAGACCUCAACUUGGCACAGAAAGCUGUACUUGACCAGGAACCGUGGGAGGAAGAGACAUCGCUAGUCCCUCUGCCCUGGAAAGAGGUACCAGCGUACAAACCCGACCAGAUCACCGUUGGGGUCAUAUGGGAUGACGGUGUCGUCCACCCUCAUCCUCCUACUACACGAGGGCUCAAACAUGCCGUCUCAAAGCUCAAGGCUGCCAGUGUCAAAGUAGUGGACUUCGAGCCAUAUGAACACAGCCGUGGUUGGGACAUUCUUUCGGCUCUCUACUUCCCUGAUGCCGCCAAGUAUCAGAAGGACCUCUUGCAGAAAGGCGGAGAGCCCGUAGCGGCAUUGACAGAGUGGGCUUUCAGUCAGGCCAGGCCCGAGCCAAUCACGGUGGUUGAGAACUGGGACUUGAAUGUCCAACGAGAGGCAUACCGAGCAGAAUAUCACCGCGUGAUGAAGGAGCGUGGUGUUGAUUUCAUCCUCUGCCCUGCAUAUGUUGGCGUGGCCGCAGAGCUCGCCACUGGACAAUAUUGGCUUUACACGGCGAUUUGGAACAUUCUUGACCAACCUGCUGUCACCUUCCCAACAGGAUUGAAAGCAGAUCCCUCAGUUGACGUAGUCGAGGCCGAUUACAAGCCUAGGUCAGCACAAGAUGAGCGGGAGUUCAAAAAGUAUGUCCCAGAGAGGUUUAUCGACGCGCCGAUCCCGCUGCAGGUCGUGGGCAAACAUUUCCGUGACGAGGAAACGGUGGCAGCUGCUGAAUUGAUCUCUGGUAUCGUGGGAGCUUGA